AUGUCUCAACCUGACACAGUUACAACAUGCAUGGGGACUCGACCUAAGAAUGCAACUCAGCAUCCCAGGCACAUUUUAAUCAAUAGUCAUGGAAAGAAGCGUACCACUGCUGAAAAGGCCGCUGACGACCAACGUGAAAGGGAGGCAAAGGAGGCAAGUGAAAAAGCUGUACAAGAAAGUUAUCAGCAUAUUGCUACUUUGCAGGCACAGAUGCAGGCUGACCAAGAUGCUAUGUGUGUUGACGCACCUAAGCCUAAGCGUCCUCAUGCAUGCCUGGUGGGGAAGGCUGCAAAGGACUUGAAGACCUCUGACUCGACUAUGGAUGAUAGGCAGGCAGGAGCAAAAAUCGUCACCAAUAAGCCUCUUGUCACCAAAGGCAGGGGUCACAGGGGUGGAGCUAAGAAGUUAGCAGCUGAUGCUAGCAUCAAAAAUCCUGCAAGUGAGCAUGAGGAUGGGGAGCCAGUCCAAACCAAAAAGAAGAAGAAACUGGUGGUGAGAGAAGCAAUUCAAGCAGUAUUAAAUGCUGGCAUCGUUAUCGACUCAACAAAGGCACGUGAUGGAGAAGUUCAGAAGAUGUCUGAUGUUUCCCAAAAAUUUGCACUUGCUGGACGUGUCCCAGGGUGGCUGUCGAAUCUUCCCACGACUGCCCCAAAGCCAGCUGCAUCAUUGAGGGUGAAUCCUUCUACAUCUUCCAUUCAUCCACGGACCAGUUACUCUAAGCUCACAAAGGGAAGCACCAUCAGCAGCAAUGUUCUGCCCCCACUCACACCCAUCAGUACCUCAAAUGCUGGAGGCUUUACAGAGUUCAAUAUGUAUGCAUCUGAUGAGGACGAGGAUGACGAGGAGCUCGCAAAACCUCUUUCUCAUAUUACAAGCAACAAGGCUUACAUAUGCACUCUUGAUGGUGUAGUCCCUUCAGAUGUUACCUGUCGCAGUGCAACUGAACAGUCUGAUUCGAUUGAAGAUGUGGACAACAUUGAUAUCUUCACAGACAUCCGCAGCCACUUUAUAGAUUCUGAUGGCACCGGCCCUGCUACACAACCUGAUUUCCUAAGGGAGUAUAAGGCCAAUGAUGAUGCCAAUCACGAGCUACAGUCCUUGGACCGUGAUUCUGACCUUGAACCUCUUCCCCUCGCCCAAAAACCUAGGUCCCACUCCACCCCCCCAAUGGAUUUUGACUCCCUGGCGAGUCAGAAGUGGAAGCUGUCACCUCCUCUGGACUAUGAUGACAUAAUGGAGCUGUCAUCCGAGGCCAAAAGUGUGCAGGGUGCCAAUGAAGAUGUGAAGACCAAACCUGUUAACCCAGUGUUCACGCGCCGGGUGACCUCUACAACUAAUGUUGCUGCCAUGCUCAAAGCCCCUCCAGCAAAGUGGCUGAAGUCUGAGUCCUCCACUCCCUCCAAGCCAAUUUUCAUCCCUACCGUCAUUCGCUGCAUCAGCGAUCUAGAUGAAGUAUGGACCCUUGCAGAUGAUGUUGUCUAUCCUAUCUUGCAGUCAGUCUGGAAUGCAGUCUACAAAGGCAAGAUUCCACACACGGUUGAAGCUGAUGGGCCUGUCCUUGCCGUUACCCUCCAGCGGUUGUCAGAGUGGCACAAUACCUUUAGCAAUGUGGCUCUCGCCAUACUCACAAACUUCAUGACUUCGCAAGAUGAUCUCAAGACUGAUGAGGACCGCAAAGAUUUUGCAUCAGCCUUACUCGAAAAGUUCAGCUUCUUAUUUGGGGACAUCACAGUGGACGGAGAGGUGUCCAACCCAUUCCAGUCUGACCUCAUUGUACAGGUCCUUGUGCAGCACAAGUGUGCCACGUCCAGUGCUGUCAACCUGCCGGGAACAAAUGAUACAGUGCCGGGGCACUCAAGGGGCGCUCUUAGUCUUGCCACAGCAGCAGCACAUAUGGAACGCACCAUCAGGCUUUUCGUCAAUGGACACAUGCUCCUAGGAGACAUCGACACCUCUGGCAAUGGUCGAGGCAACAAGACCCUGCUCGACAUCAAUCCAUCCACAGGCAACCAGAGCAGCAUCCCCUUGGCAUUUUCAGAAGCCAAUUGGGGUGCGCACACGAGGGCUUACAUGGUAUCUAUCACAUGCUUGCCAGACUCAGUGUAG